CUCGCAACGCCGUAUUCCAACUGAUCGAGUUAUCUCACCACACCGGUAGUAUCUGGGCCGCGUUAUCGCCACAAAAGAACCAAAGCCUGGGACAAGUAAGAUGGGUCUGGUACAGUGGUUGAAGGGCCAGUUCUUGUGUCAUCUGGUCAUCUGCUAUGGGUUCUUUGUCAGCGGUCUCCUGAUCAACCUAUUACAGAUCUGCACUCUGCCCCUCUGGCCAAUCAACAAGCAGCUGGCCAGGAGGAUCAACUGUAAACUGGGAUACUCCCUCACCAGCCAAUCUGUGGCUCUCUUAGAGUGGUGGUCUGGCACUGAAGUCACGCUCUACACAGACCCAGAGAACUACCAACUCUACGGUAAAGAGAAUGCCAUCGUCGUCCUCAACCACAACUUUGAAAUAGACUUUCUGUGUGGCUGGACCUUCUGUGAACGAUUCGGGGUCCUUGGGGUAAGAGAACAGGGCGCUUUCUCGAUUAAUCGAUCUCAGAUUCCUUGCAUUCUCUCUCCAUGGAUCUUCUCAUCCAAUACUGUUGAGAAGGAGGCCUCCAAAUGUUUAGCCAAGAAAGAGUUGUCGUACCUGCCUGUGAUUGGCUGGAUGUGGUACUUCCUGGAGAUGGUGUUUAUUAAGAGGAAGUGGGAGGAAGAUAAGAGCAACUUUGUCCAGAGUCUUCAGAACCUACGGGAUUACCCUGAGAACUUCUGGUUCUUGCUCCACUGUGAGGGAACACGCUUCACAGAGGAGAAGCAUCGGGUCAGUAUGGAGGUGGCAGAGAAGAAAAGCCUGCCCAAACUCAAACACCACCUCCUGCCCAGGACCAAGGGUUUCUGGGUAGCCGUCCAGAACCUCAGGGGGACAGUUGCUGCUGUGUACUGUUGUACAUUAAAUUUCAGAAACAACGAAACGCCAACCUUGUGGGGGGUUCUCAAUGGGGAAAAGUAUCAUCCAGAUUUAUAUGUAAGGAGAAUCCCACUGGAGUCCAUACCAGAGGAUGAGGCUGAGUGUUCUGCCUGGCUUCAUAAACUCUACCAGGAAAAGGACAAGUUCCAGGAGGACUACAGCCAGACAGGGUGUUUCCCAGGCCCCAAAGUUACCCCACCACGCAGGCCCUGGGCCCUGAUCAACUGGCUGGGCUGGACCUGCCUUCUCCUAUACCCCCUCUGCCUCCUCCUGGUCCAGCUGGUCAACUCUGGGUCUAUUCUCACCAUCAUGGCCACAGUGGCUUUCUGCGCUGCAGUGUCAUUUGGUGUGCGCUGGAUGAUUGGACAGACAGAGAUUAAGAGAAGCUCCAGCUAUGGGGUCCCACUGAACAACAAAUGAGGGGAUGACCUUUUUAAAACUUCAAUUUACAAUUGCAAGAUUUCUUGCCAGCACCAGAGCGUCACUCACAUUACUAAUCUGAGAACUACAGCACAGUUCACCUCAAACAAAUGAGAAUUCAUCCCAAGAAAUACUUGGUAACUCGUCAGGGAAAGCUUUGAAGUCAAUUCAAGCAGGACGGUUGACUGGUGCUGAAGUCUUGAGGACACACCUGUCUGCUAAUGGCAGUCUCAUGUGGCCGUCUUCAUCUUGUCGAUACAUGGGAAUGUACUGAACCUAUACAAAGCACAGAUACGUUCAGGGCAUGCAUCCAGCAUCUUUGUUGUUCAAGAUGUAUGACUAAAAUUGGCACUGUUGUGACUUUGUUAAAUGCACUUUUAUUAGUUGUGAUUUGAUAUGAAUGGACUCAAUUGACAAUGUUUAUUUGCAAUAAAAUAAAGACCAAAGAACGAAAGCUGUAAAACGCACCAGAGACCACUUUAGCUUGAUGCAGUGUGUAUGUACAAUCCAUUCUAUAAAGAUCCUGUUAUCAUUA